AUGUUAGAAGAUAAUUCCAGUCCUCUCACGACUUCUCCCGUCGUUACUGAAGAGCAACUGGCAAGAAGGCAGCGCUACAAGGAGACCCACCUGCUGGCGCGACACGGAAAUUAUCAUCAAUAUUACACAAAAUUCCGUGCCCAGACGGUCCCUGACGACCGCCUCUCCAUCCUUCCUCCCAACGUCCUUCGCAAUGCGCGCGUCCUCGAUCUUGGCUGCAAUGCCGGCAAAAUUACUUAUGAAGCGAUCGCCCAUUGCGGCGCGACCGCGUCAGUGGGUGUGGACAUCGACCCCUGGCUGGUUGAGCAGGCGAAAGCGGCAUACCCAGACGGGCCGUGUACAUUCGAACAUUUCGAUUUCGUGGAGACGACCGCCUAUACUGGCACGGCCCUCGGCAAGUUCGACGCCGUUCUCCUUCUCUCCGUGACGAAGUGGAUACACCUUAACAAUGGCGACGCCGGCAUGCUGUCGUUGUUCGCGCAGAUACACAGCAUACUCAGCGAUGGUGGCCAUUUAGUCGUCGAGCCUCAGCCCAUGAGCAACUACCAAAGAGCUUCAAAAAAGAACAAGGAAUUGAGGGAAACAUUCAAGACGAUCAAAAUCCAGCCCCCGUUUUACGACGAACUAACGGCCCAAGGUUUUGAAAGAAUCCUGGAGGUAGAAAGGGAAGAAGAAGGCUUCUCUAGGCCGGUACACGUGUGGAGGAAAAUAUGA